GCGCUUUAAACCUCAACGACGUCACGCGCAUCGUCUAACACCCUCAAUCGCUUAUUCUUACCGUCGCGCAACCUCCUGCUUAUGACGGACCGGGUAGCCAAGCGCUUGCGGCGGCUCAGCACCGAGUACGAGGACUCGGAGGACAACGUCGAGUGGAACAACAGCAGUGCCCCUACGGCCUCCUCCACGCGCCCUCGUCGCGGCACGGCAAACCGCCACGAUGCGCCCUCUGCCACCAUCCAGCGCUCCUCGCCCGAAGAAACACGGCAGUCCCUCUCACUGACCGUCAAGUCGUCCCCCAACAAGCUGCGCCAGGCCACCGGCGUACCUGCCGUUAGCAAGGGCAAUCUCAGUCGCAACAACAUUGUCUCGGGCAAGCGCGCCUCGCGGAGCAGUAGAGUUGUGCGCGAGGUGGACAGCGACGAGGACGAAGAGGAAGACGACAACGACGAUGAGGCGGACGAGGUCGAGGCCAUGGACGUUGAUGAGGAGGAAGAGGACGACGAUGUAGAUGCUGAAGGAAGUGAGGAGGAUGACAUGGACGCUGAGGGCGACGAGGAGGACGAAGAGCCUAUUGUUGUGCCCACAAGCAAAGCUAUACCAGUGGCCUCGAAACCGAAGAUCAGCGUCACGAAGGCGCAAGAUACAGUGGAGGCUAAGGAGAUGGCCAUGUCUGAUGACGACGACGAACUCAGCGAUCCAGACUCUGACCUCGACGACAUGGAAGACGCAGAGGGCGAAGACGACGAUGCAGAAGGAGAGGACGACGACGAACUUGCUGGCCCUGAAGGCGACGUGGACAUGGACAGCGACGAGGACAUGAGCCGCGACCAGACACCUGACAUGAGCAAGUUGACACGGCGACAACGCGCUGUGCUGGAGCAAGAAGAGGAUGGCAGUCUGCUUGCGCUGAGCAACGAGGCGCAGAAGAAGAAGCAUCUCACCGCUGAAGAACAUGCCAUGAGAAGGGCGGAAAUGGCACGACGAAGGAAGAACCUCAGCGAGAAAAGGAAUGAGGAAGAGAAGCUUGACACGAUCAACCGCCUCCUCAAGAAGCAGCCCCCAAAACGCGGCCGCAAGAGCGCCGUCGCCGACCUCGACGAAUCAGGUCAAGAAGCAGAGCCCGAGCCGGAACGCGCAAACCCGCUCUUCGUACGAUACAUCCAGAAUGCAAAGGGCACACAGCUCGCUGUCCCAGACGAGUGGCUACAGGCGCCUAUGGGCAGUGUGUUUGCGGGCAAGACAGAACCUGCAAGCAAGACGCCGUGGAGUGGCAGGAUGGUUGAGGAGGUUGCGUAG